AUGAGCAUGAUUGGAGAGUUGACUCACUUCCUUGGGUUGCAGAUUCGUCAACAAGAUUCAUGUAUAUUUCUAUCUCAAUCUAAAUAUGCUGAGAAUCUCGUGAAAAAAUUUGGUUUGGAAUCUGCUAGUUCUGUCAGAACCCCUAUGAGCCCAAAUGUUAAACUCAUUGUUGACUUGUUAGGUAGAAGUGUUGAUCCUCCUAUAUAUAAAAGUAUGAUAGGUAGUCUUCUUUACCUUACUGCUAGUAAACCUGACAUUAGUUACAGUGUUGGAGUAUGUGCUAGAUAUCAGGCUAAUCCCAAAGAGUCCCAUAUGACUGCUUUAAAGAGAAUCAUAAAGUAUGUCAAAACCACUGCUGAGUUUGUUGUGUGGUACAGCAAGGACACAAGUGAUGUCCUAGCUGGGUACUCUAAUGCUUAUUGGGCUAGGAAUUCUGAUGAUAGAAAGAGUACUUCAGGGGGUUGUUUCUAUGUGGGUAAUAAUCUUGUCUCUUGGAUGAGUAAAAAGCAGAACUCCAUCUCAUUAUCUACUGUAGAAGCUGAGUACGUUGCUGCUGGUAGCUGUUGCACCAACUCCUAUAGACGCAAAAACUCCUCCAUGAUUAUGGUAUUUGUCAAGAACAUCUCACUAUCUAUUGUGAUAAUACUAGUGCCAUUAAUAUCUCUAAGAAUCCGGUUUAACAUUCUAGAACCAAACACAUAG